AGAUGUUAGACCUAUACCCUGUUCAAAAUUUAACAGUUGAUCAGUUGGAAUACGAGAAGAAUACACGAUUUCUUCAACCGGCAUGGGAUUGGAUCAAAAAUGGAAAUGAACACAUUUUAAGCUCGCCGCUUUUCCCGCCGUUCUAUGCGCUCUCAAUCGAUUACACUUGGGUAGCCGUUUUCACAUUUAUUGACGUGUUUCUGUGCAACGUUCCAUUUUUCAAAGAUGCAAAAAUCCAAAAAGAUCGAAAAGUGACCUGGGAUUUGAUAAAGAAGUCACUGAAGCUUCAAGGAUGGAAUCAGCUCCUGUGGAUUUACCCGAUGGCACUUGUCCAGUUAAUUUGGGUACCUGAUACAGAGCUUCCUAUCCUGGCACCAACAGUUUUUGAAAUGCUUUCACAGCUGGCUAUAUUUUUCCUGGCCUUUGAUUUCACAUAUUUCUGGUUCCAUUAUAUCAAUCACAAGGUAAAAUGGCUCUACCGCUGGUGUCACUCUGUUCAUCAUAUGUACUCAUCCCCAUUCGCAGCAUCUGCACAACAUCUUCACCCAUUUGAGCUGUUCUUUGUUGGAACAUUCAUCACCACUAUCCCAUGGAUCUUCCCAACUCACUGCUUGACCUACUGGAUUUGGUUCUUUAUCGCCCAGAGCGUCUCUUAUGAGGUUCACAUUGGAUACGACUUCCCAUUUGCUCUUCAUCGCAUUUUCUGGUUCUACUCGGGUGCUCCGGCUCAUGACAUGCACCAUCUGAGACCACUGACAUGUUUCCAACCGUGGUUCAACUAUCUCGACAGACUCAUGGGUUACCAUAUUACCUACGCCGAUUUGAAAAAGAUGACCGAGGCAAAAUUCAAAAAGUUCGGGCUCUAUUCAGCUGAAGACGAGAAAGGAUUAAUCAAAAUUAACUAAGCCACGUACAUGUAUUACCCCGUAACGCAAUAAACGAACUUUUUUU